AUGUCCUUCAGUGGCCAGUCCGCCCUCGUUUUCGCCUUCUUGCUCGUGGUAUCCGCCCGGCAGAGCUUGGCUGUCUGCGCUCCGGGUCAGAUGGCUGUUGGGUCCGAAAUGCUAGUGCUUCAAAUGCUUAUUGGACCUGCCCGCGCCAUCGACGAAUACAGUGGCUGCCUGAUGGCAAAAAAUCGCAAUCUCAUCUCGCAUAACGGCAUCACACAGGCUACGGGCCAGAUGUGCAAGGGCGGAUAUGCCAAAGGUGCAUCGGUUAUGUGUGAUGGCAGCAGCAACUGUCGAUACGCAGGGUCGGAGUUGGACGUGCUCUCUGACGAACGACGAUAG